GAGCCGUCAGGCCCUACCUCCGCGCCCUGCCCUGAUUGAUCAAGAAUCCCAGAACGGGCGUUAGUCCCGAGGAGCCCUUGGCAAGAUGGCGUCUCUGGAUCGGGUGAAGGUUCUGGUGUUGGGAGACUCAGGUGUUGGGAAAUCUUCACUCGUCCAUCUUUUAUGUCAAAAUCAAGUACUGGGAAAUCCAUCAUGGACUGUGGGCUGCUCAGUGGAUGUCAGAGUUCAUGACUACAAAGAAGGAACCCCAGAAGAGAAGACCUACUAUAUAGAAUUAUGGGAUGUUGGAGGCUCUGUGGGCAGUGCCAGCUGUGUGAAAAGCACGAGAGCAGUAUUCUACAACUCUGUAAAUGGUAUUAUUUUAGUACAUGACUUAACGAAUAAGAAGUCAUCUCAGAACUUAUGUCGUUGGUCAUUGGAAGCUCUCAAUAGGGAUUUGGUGCCAACUGGAGUCUUAGUGACAAAUGGGGAUUAUGAUCGAGAACAAUUUGCUGAUAACCAAAUCCCACUGUUGGUAAUAGGGACUAAACUGGACCAGAUUCAUGAAACCAAGCGCCAUGAAGUUUUAACGAGGACUGCAUUCUUGGCUGAGGAUUUCAAUGCAGAAGAAAUUAAUUUGGACUGCACAAGUCCCCGCUACUUGGCUGCAGGCUCUUCCAACGCGGUCAAGCUCAGUAGGUUCUUUGACAAGGUCAUAGAGAAGAGAUACUUUUCAAGAGAGAAUAAUCAGAUUCCAGGCUUUCCUGAUCGAAAAAGGUUUGGAGGAGGAACGUUAAGAAGCCUUCAUUAAGACUGAAUUACAGGCAUCCUGUGGAAGAGUGAGCAAGCAGUGGCAGUUUUCACAGCCUUCCUCUUUCUCUGACAAAUUAUUAACAUCUCAGCCUUGUAACAAAAACAUCUUCAAAUGCUACUCUUUAACCUCGCCCUCUAAUGGAAAAAUGAAAAGAAACAACGAUGUGGGAGGUCCAGACUUUGUCACUGUUCUCUGUGUUCCUCACCUUUCUGUCCCUGUUCAGAGCUUAUGUAAAAGCCUUGUGGAAACAUGAGAUAUUGUCAAACUGAUGCCGGAAAUGAGCAGUGACAGAGUACUGCAGAGAAAAUUUACUCCUGCCUGGAACCAGAGGGUUUUUAUGGUCUAUAAUUUUCCCAUGCUCACUGCUGAAGACUUAAUUAAGUACUUCAGAAAUGUAUCUGUGUUCUUCUACCUUUUUGAGGGGAGAGGUUAUGUUAACCAGCCCUGAGUUGUCCACCCCAAACAAUCUCUGUCAUUUUUAAAGAGGCCAAAUGGUAUAAUUUAAUUUUCUCCACCCUCAUUACACACAGGGAUGCCUAAGAAUAGCAACCCUUGUCUCCCUCUCCUCUCCCUUGAAAAAGGCUCAGGGGCUGGGAGAGGCGCACUAAUAGCUGGAGUUAAAUAUAAAUACAAAUUAAUAAUACAUGGAGAACAGGCCAGAAAAGAAGAAUUCUGUGAAAAAAUUGGCAACUCCUUUGAUCUUUAGGCUGUGGCUGUUUUACUGUUUUCUAUUUAGAAAUAAGGUAAUGUCUAAGACCUGCACAAGGGCAGUCAGAGAGAUUUACAGCCUCUUUGGAGAUUUGUUGUUUGAGUUGGGUUUGGGUUUGGGUUUUGGUUUUAGUUUUUUUUUGUUUUGGGGAGUUUUUUUGUUUUGUUUUGUUUGGAAAUUCAGUUCCUGAAAUGUCCCUUAACAAUAGACAGUAAAUGAAGAACACGA